CCUAAAUAAAAAAAUUUGUGCCCCUUGAUGGUGCACAGUGCCCAGGGCUCCCUGCCCGUGCAUGAAUAAUGCUGAGAAGGUGAAAGUCAGGAUGGGGAGCAGGAGAAGUCCUGGCUUGUCUGCAGGUGGAACCCAGCUGAUGUGUAUUCCUGUUGCUCAGUGAGGAGUCCUGGCUGGCCUGGGAGGGGAGGAAGGUGGAUGGAGGGAAAAAGGUUUGCUGCUGAAGAGCCUGAGAGCUGGAGCCUCAGCUGGGGCUCUGGAAUUCCGCCCGAGGGAACAGUUGGUGGAUUUUUGGGUGUCCUUAAACGUGGCUGUUCCCUGCCCCCUCUUCCUCAGAGCCCUCUGGGCAUUCCCAGCAGGGAUUCUCCCUCUGGCCACCGAGUGCCGCAGGCGACCGAGCGGGCUCCUUCCCCCAAAAUGAUGGAAACCGAAGUGUUCCUGUCAUUUACGUUCUACAGCCCCGUCUUGAUUUUGAAAAUGUACCUUGUUGCCAUCAUUACGGGACAAGUGAGGCUCAGAAAGAAGGCGUUUGCAAACCCGGAGGAUGCUCUGCGGAACGGGGGGCUGCAGUACUACCGGGAGGAUCCCGAUGUGGAGCGGUUGCGCAGGGCCCACCGUAAUGACAUGGAAAACAUCUUCCCCUUCUCUUUCUUGAGCCAUCUACUCCUGCUGGAUCCCAGCCCUGCAGUGGCCAGGAUCCACUUUCUCAUCUUCUGCCUGGGCCGCAUCCUCCACACCAUCGCCAACCUCCUGGCGUUGAGGGCACCCACCCGGUCCCUGGCUUAUGGAGUAGCUCAGCUCCCCUGCUUCUCCAUGGCUCUGCAGAUCCUCCUUGCCACCACCCCAUACUGGUAACACCCAACAAAAGUCACCAACCCAACCCCCUGCUCCUCUGCUCUGCUGGUUUUCCCGGGAAUGUGAGUGAGGGUGUGGGCAGGGAAGGUGCCUGCAGCCUGGGAAUGCUCAGUGCAGCCUUGGAAAGUCCCAAGUCUCAGUCAGCCUGAGAAAGGAGCACAUCUCCCCCUGGAGCUGGAGGGGGGUGUGCAGGGAGGUUUCUUUUGCUUCUGUUAAGGGUGAGGGGGGGGAAAGAACCUGGACAACCCCUUGAAGAAGGGGUUAGUUGAAGGAAGGGGUUAGUUGAAGGGAAGAAGGGUUUUUUGACCCAACUACUUUCAGAACUGUGCUCUUUCCCCUUGGUCAUAAAUACCCCAUGAAUCAGGAGGGGAAAUCAUGGUGGUCCCAUGAAGUCUCUUGAUGGGUGGUAGCAAAGGGGGGGUUACAGAACUUCUGCCUUCUUCUUGCCCAGCCACAUGGGUAAAUGGGGAGGGGGGGGGUCCCUUAGGUUACCUCUCCCAUGAGGAGGACAGGGGGCAGGUGCCUGCCAGACAGCAUGAGGUGGAAAUGAAGAUUUCAGAGGUGAUGUUGUGAAGACACCAAAGUGUUCAGUGCUCUCAGCACACCACGGGCUGCACCUCCCCACUGGGUCUCUCACUGCCUCCAGGACUCUGCCUGUCCCAGCAAGGAUGCUCUGCACCCAGCAUCCCAGCCAGCAGCACCUGGGGCUUUUCCAGCUCAGUCCCACCACAGCAGGAUGCAGAAGGACAUUCCUGGAGCAGCCAACAGGAAUCCUUUACCCUGUAAAAAUCUGGACAUACAGCUCUGGGACUUCUGGAAAGACUGAGAAGCUCACCCAAAACGUGGGGGGUUGCAGUUUGUGGACAGAGCUUUCUCCCAGGGGCAGUGUCUGCAUUCACGUGCUGCUAAAAAAUGCUCCUGGGGCAGCAGACUGAAUUUCUCCCUGUUUGUAGCCUUUCUCUGGCCACAGAAUGGACCACUGGUAUUUGGGGAAUGUGCUGUGACCACUUUGGGGGUGUUUUCUUUCAGCUGUUUCCUGCUGUCCGUGUGCAGCCUGGAUGAACUGGUGUUUGCAGAAAGCUCUGGAAAUGAGCAGAGUGGCUUUGAGCAGCCCCAUGGGACAGAGUGGGGUCUCACUGGGACCAGGGUAGCACAGAAUGAGGAGCCCUCCUGAGCUCCUGUGCCACAAAGAUGUCCCAAGGGCUGGUCCAGGCCACAGCCACACGUGACAGAGCAUCCCCAAGGCAGGAAGAAGCCUCUGCUGUUCAGUGCCUCUGAGAACAAUGCUGAUGUUUACUAAGAUCACAGGGGGAAACCAGAAUGAGCCAAAAAUUAAUUCCCCUUCCAUCUAUCCUAAAAAAAGAGCUCUUCUCUGAAUCCCUCUGUGCUUUCCUGAGACCUCACUGAGCACCUCUGUGCCCCAAGCAUGGGGUGAAACACCAGCUCAGACUGAUGCCCUGAGCCCUUCCCCAGCCUGGGCAGCAGCUUCAGCACCAGUAACUCCUGAGCCCAGUGCAGAAUGUGGCCAUGGUGGGGUUUGGAGCAGAAAGUUUUCCUGCCUGUGGAAGGGAAGGGGACUGCAGGUUCAGCAGUUUGCUCUUGGCCACUUCUCAUUUACACAGCCCCAACAGAUGUCUGAGUAAUAAAACACCCCCCCCUCCUCUCAACAAGCUUUUUCUGCCUCACAUCCAGAAGGUCUCGAACCCCUGAACGUUUCUCUGCUGCUGCACAUGCAUCCUGGUGGCAGGAAGCAAAUAUUCCAAUAAAAACAAAUCAUUGUGCUCUGAUACAUCCUUCCUUCUGGAGCAGCAGAUGCAGCUGGGGAGCAGCUGGGCCCAGCCCCAGCAGGAUGGUUCCCAGCUGCAAAGCCUGGAGUGCCCUGGGGCUCCUAAAGAGAGGUCCCUUUCCUCUGGACUCAGCUGCCCUGCAGAGGAACCUCUUUCCCAGGUGUGCAUUAUUUGUGUUGAUCCUUUAAAUUCAGCAGAGCUGGGGCUGACACAGCUGCCUUGCUCAGUUUUUCUCACCAGCUUGCUGU